AUGUGGCAUGCUGAAAGGAUAUUUGUUUGUUUUGCCUGUCGCCUUUCCUGCCACAAAAAGUGCCAUUCACGUGUUAAUUAUGUCUGCCCUAAGGCUAAUAAUGACCAACCGACCUGUUCCAAAUUUUUCGGCACAGAUUUGGCCAAUUUAUUGGCAGAUGAUGAAGUCCCUGCUUUACUAAAUAAAUUACUUAAUUGUGUUGAAGUUAAAGCCUUGUUUGUUGAAGGAAUUUAUAGAAAGAGUGGACAGAUGGCUGUUUUUAAAGGGAUAAGGAAAAAGAUUGAGACAAUUAAAGAACCGGAAGCUAUCAACUUUGACGACAUUCCUAUUCAUGUACUUACAAGUCUAAUAAAAGCAUUUUUCCGUGAAUUAUCAGAACCUCUAAUUAUACCUGAUUUAUACGAGAAUUUUGUAAAUAUAUCGGAAAUUAAAGAAACAAAUGAAAGGGUAAGGUGUUUACGUGCCAUGAUGGAUAUGUUACCCAAAGGAAAUAAAUGUGUAUUGGACAGGCUUAUGUACCAUUUGGCAAGAGUAGCACAUCAAGAAUCUGUAAAUAAAAUGUCUGCUUCUAAUUUAGCUGUAAUAUUUGCGCCAUGUAUAGUUCGAAGGAAUACUACGGUACAUGCACAAGAACAACUUAUGGACGUUCAAAAACAAGCCAUAUGCGUUCAAACACUAAUAGAGGAUAAACUCCACCACCUACAAGAAACACUAUCUCAAAUUGUUGAGCUGGAAGGGGCUACAGAAAAGGUCACCGAAAACUUGAGACGUAUUGAAGAACAUAGACGAGCAUCUACCGGAACAAUGAUACCCACAUUGUCUAGUACAGAUUCUACAACUAACGAAAAUAAGGAUACUUUAAUAACCCCAAAAAUAUCCACAACAACAAAAAUAAUUUCUACAAAUUUAAAUAAUAACGAGGAAGAAAAGAAGAAUAAUUUAACAAUUAAAGAAAAAGAAAAAAAUAUUGAAACAGCUAAACAAUUAUUUGAAGAACAAUUGGACUUUUUGGAUAAAGAAAAGGCUAAAUUAAUACAAGAAUUGCCCCCAUUAGCGCCUGUUGCGUCAUCAGAAGAUUUAAGUUCUGAUGAUGUUGAUAAUUCUGGGGGUGUUAAAAAUGAAGCUAAAAACACUAAAGAAUUGCAAAACAAGCAAGAAUCUCUACGUUCACAAAACAGUAUUGAAGAAUAUGCCCUAGAUCUAUCAGUACCUCCUGUAGUAGCAUUACUACACCAUGCUUGUAAAUCAAGACCUAGUAAGGGUAAAGGAAUGAGGAGACCGAGUAUUAAUUUUAUUAGAAAAUGGAGAAAUGAAAUUGUAAAUAAUGCUCAGAUAAAUUACAAUUUGUAA